UGGCAAAUACGAGAAGAAAUCUCCUUUCCAACGCGCUCUGUGCAUUACAACUGCUAACCGGCUUGCCUCUACGCAGAAGGCAGCUACAUGGAACAAGGGUGGGAUAGCCACUGCUAAUUGAGAGAAGCCGUAGCUACUGUCGCGUCCUUGCACUUAUCACUCAUUAUUUCCGUUUCAAAUACUGUACAUUUAAUCUACGUUUUGUCAAGAUGUCUGUUGUUGGAUUUGAUGUCGGGUACCUGAACUGCUUUGUAGCAGUAGCGAGAGCUGGGGGUAUUGAAACUGUUGCUAAUGAGUACAGCGACCGAUGUACACCAGCAUGUGUUUCCUUUGGACCACGGAAUCGGGCGAUUGGCGCAGCAGCAAAAAGCCAGGUGGUUUCAAACUGCAAGAACACGGUCCAGGGUUUCAAGAGGUUUCAUGGACGGGCAUUCACGGAUCCAUUUGUCAAUCGUCAGAAGCAAAGUCUGGUUUACGACCUUGCACAAAUGCCCACAGGGACCACUGGAAUCAAGGUGAUGUACAUGGAGGAGGAGAAGGUGUUCAGCAUUGAGCAGGUGACUGCAAUGCUGCUGACUAAGCUGAAGGAGACAGCUGAGAGUGCAUUGAAGAAACCUGUGGCUGACUGUGUGGUCUCUGUCCCAUGCUACUACACUGAUGCAGAGAGAAGAUCGGUAGUUGAUGCCGCACAGAUUGCUGGCCUCAAUUGCUUGAGGCUCAUGAAUGAGACCACUGCAGUGGCGCUAGCAUAUGGCAUCUACAAACAAGACCUUCCUGCCCCCGAGGAGAAGGCCAGGAUUGUGGUGUUUGUGGAUGUCGGUCAUUCCGGAUACCAGACCUCUGUGUGUGCCUUUAACAAAGGCAAACUCAAGGUCCUUGCUACAGCCUGUGACCCAGAGUUGGGAGGCAAGGACUUUGACGAGGAGCUUGUCAAGCAUUUCUGUGAGGAGUUUGCCAAAAAGUACAAGCUGGACGUUAGGUCCAAGCCCAGGGCUUUGGUCAGGCUCUACCAGGAGUGUGAGAAACUGAAGAGGCUGAUGAGUGCCAACUCGUCCGAUCUGCCGUUGAACAUUGAGUGUUUCAUGAAUGACAUCGAUGUCUCUGGAAAGAUGAACAGGGGUUCCUUUGAGGCAAUGUGUGCUGAUGUUUUGACCAGAGUAGAGGCUCCCCUGCACGCUCUGUUGGAGAAUGCCAAGUUGAAGAAGGAAGACAUCUAUGCGGUGGAGAUGGUGGGCGGGGCUUCCAGGAUCCCGUCUGUCAAGGAGAGGAUCAGCAAGUUCUUUGGGAAGGAGCUGAGCACCACACUGAAUGCAGAUGAGGCGGUCGCCAGGGGCUGUGCCCUGCAGUGUGCAAUCCUGUCCCCUGCCUUCAAAGUGAGGGAAUUCUCAACUACAGAUAUUGUCCCGUACCCAGUCUCUCUGAAGUGGACCUCUGCUGCAGAGGAGGGCUUGAGUGAUUGUGAGGUGUUCCCAAAGAACCACGCGGCGCCCUUCUCUAAGGUAUUGACGUUCUACCGGAGAGAGCCCUUUGCACUGGAGGCGUACUACAACUGCCCCAAAGAGCUUCCCUACCCGGAUCCCUCUAUUGGGCAAUUUAUGAUCCAGAAGGUGGUCCCUCAGGCAUCUGGGGAGUGUUCCAAGGUGAAGGUCAAGGUGAGGGUGAACAUCCAUGGCAUCUUCAGCGUCUCCAGUGCCUCACUGGUGGAGGUCCAGAAGUCUGACGAUACAGAGGAGCCCAUGGAGACGGAACAGGCCGAAAAAGAUGGCGAGACCAAAAUGCAAACCGAUCAGGAGGACCAGAAGACCCAGGCAGAAGGACAGAAAGAGUCUGAGAAGAAGGGCACUCCCGAGGCUGAAGAAAUGGAGACGACCCCAGAAGAAGUCAAAACAGAGAAGAAGUCGGACCAACCUCCACAAGCCAAAAAGCCCAAAGUCAAGACAAAGGUGGUGGAGCUUCCUAUUGAGAACAGUCCACAGUGGCAGCUGGCCGACGACAUGCUCAACCUGUUUGUAGAAAAUGAGGGCAAGAUGAUCAUGCAGGACAAGCUUGAGAAGGAGCGGAACGACGCCAAGAAUUAUGUGGAAGAGUACGUGUACGACAUGAGGGACAAGCUCCACGGCCUGUUUGAGAAGUUUGUCAGUGAAUCUGACCGAGAUAUCCUGUCAAUAAAACUGGAGGAUACCGAGAACUGGUUGUAUGAAGAUGGAGAGGACCAACCCAAGCAGGUUUACAUCGACAAACUGGCAGAGUUAAAGGUACUUGGCCAGCCCAUCCGCGAGAGACACAUGGAAGCUGAAGAGAGACCAAAAGCAUUCGAGGAGUUGGGCAAACAGGUCCAGCUAUUCAUGAAGGCUGUGGAAGCGUUCAAAACCAAGGAAGAGCAAUACGACCAUUUAGAUGAGGCGAACGUCAACAAAGUGGACAAGAUGACCAGUGAGGCUAUGAUGUGGAUGAACAGCGCUAUGAACCAGCAGAGCAAACAGACCCUCACAGUCGACCCUUCUGUCAAAGUCAAAGAGAUUCAGGCAAAAACAAAGGAGCUGUUCUCUGCUUGUAACCCCAUCAUGAACAAGCCCAAGCCCAAGGUGGAGCUGCCCAAGGACGACAAGGCCGCCGAGCAGAACGGGCCCGCCAACGACCAGGACAAAGCCCCGGCCGAACCUGCAGACAGCGACUCCUCUGAGAACCCAGCGGGCGCCUCCACAGAAAACAAGCCUGACAUGGACCUCGACUGAACAGGCAGACACACCAGGACCCCCCCCUCUCCCCUCCCCCAGCAGUGCCUCAGUCUGAACCAUGUGCACUGUUCCUGACCUAGACGUGAUUCCCAAAUUCUUUAGACGAUCAGAUGGAAAAAUCUUAGUCAAUCCCAAAAAAAAGUUUAAAUGAUUGGAACAGACCCCAUGUAAUCCUAAUGAAUAAAAGGUCAGAGCAGAUGUUUCAGAUUGAGAUACAUGUGCGCGUGAGUGUGUGUGUGUGUGCGUGCGCGCGUGUCAGCCGGUGCAGUGUACUUUAUGAUGCCCACCACAGUCAAAACAGGCAGAAUUCUCAGCACAUUGACCCAAGCUUUUAAAGGCAGCGUUCUGCUGCCAUAGCAUGUCCUUUCCUUUCUGCUGGAAUAAAUUAAAGCCAACUGCAAUAAGCCUGUUGAUUGACAAUGAGCGCUCUACACAUAAUGGUAUUUAUUUCUGUUGUGUGCCCUAUAAGUGUUCUAGUCCGUGUCACAAUAUGGUUUUAAUAAAGUGAUUUCAAAAUCA